UUGGGUUUCUUCGACAUAAAGUGACGCACACAAUUACGCGACAUACUGCAACGCGCAGACGGGGCUGACGGGCGGUUCUGGGUGUCGGGAGCGCGGCUGCCGACAAGGGGUGCCGACAGCUGUUGAGGCGAGCUCGAUCGGAUGUGCUGGAGUCACGAAUUUUUUCACUUCAAGUGCAUUUUUCUACUAUUUGACCUUUUCUUCAACUGUAUGAACCCCAUGGACAAUGCCUCGCGUUGCGACUAAUGCAAUGUCGAUCUUUUCUCGAAAUUGUGUCGUCAAUGUGCAUGUUUGAGAAGGAAAUUGCUCAAGCCUGCAGCCGUUAGUUUGCUUCGACCAUUAUGGAGACGUGUUCUGCUGGUGUCGAAUUGCAGCCUGGGACUGAAGCUCUAGGCACCGGACCAGUUUUGACUGCCAACGAAUGGGCAGAGAAACUAGAACUGGAAGGAGUUCCUGUGACGUUCAUGUGGAAACAUGGAGGAUCUAACAUCCAAGUGUGCGGCUCAUGGGACAACUGGAGUAUCAGGAACACUAUGCUUCACGACGCAUAUGGAUGCUAUCUCGUCCUCAUCUUACUACCCGGGAGAUAUGAAUACUGUUUCAUACUGGAUAAGAACUGCACUUAUCCAGAUGAGGUGUAUUUUAAUAUUCACCAUGAAACGGGAGGUUUUCAAACGUGAUGAGGUGAAACACACGUUUCUGUCUCAGUUGAGGUUACGGUGUAGGAUCACAGUUCGUUCAUUCAGUUCAGAUCUUAUUAAUACUGAAUUGUGAAAUUAUCUUCUCAAGGUAGAUUAAGUCAUCUAACAUCUAUACUAACAUCUAUACCCGUUUCAGUUAGACCCCUUGAAUCAUAAGACUGACAGCUUCGAGUUCCUUAUCUCCUAUUUACGAGAUUAGGAGAUAAGGAGCAACAGAGAUGUCAAACCGGUUACUAGUUUAAAAACUGUCGGUUUCUUAUUUCAAUAGAAUAGAUCUCUGAUCUCUGCUCCAUUCAUCUUACAUAGCAGAGAAACUUCAUUAGCACGGAAUAUUGCUCAUUCCAUAUCAGAUUCAGAUUUAUUACACUCCAGCUUGAUUCAUGAUGAUGUCAUCAGUAGGAUGAGUGACUGAGUUCCUUCCAAGUAAUAAUCAGCAUAAGGAAUGUGCUAACCUUCUUGCUUUGUGACAGCCGGUUACCAAGCUACUGCUCUGUACUCUUAAAUUUUGUGGACUUGAUUUGCCGCCUGUUAACUGUGUUGGACGAUGAC